AGAAACUUGAGAACGAAACGGCUUUUCACCUUCGCCGACAUCAGCACUAUCCACUUCCUCACUUGGCAGUUGCUCGACUUCCAUGGCGAAAAAGCCUCUCAAUGUUGCAGAGAGCAUCCUCGAGCAUCUUAGAGACGGCACUGCGAAGUUCGAGCUCCUCUCCUCGCCGGGUCCUUCGAUUUCGGCUCCCCACGUUCCCGCUUCGCCCUUUGAGCUUGCGGGACGGAGCGGCCACCUGUGUUUCGCGAGAAUCGCAUCGUCUGUGUAUGGUUUCGUAAGCGCUGUGGCUUUCGAUAGAGGAAGAGCAUCCCCGGCAGCGAAGAAAGUGGAGCAUUAUUCGGUGCAGAAAGUUGCCGGAGAUGGACGCUGUAUGUUCCGUGCCCUGGUCAAGGGAAUGGCCUUCAACAAAGGUAUAGCUCUUAACCCACGAGAAGAGAGAGAAGAUGCAGAUGAAUUAAGGAUGGCCGUGAAAGAAAUCAUAUGCGACUCUAGUGAAGAACGUCAUCAAUACGAAGAAGCAUUGGUGGCAAUUACUGUGGACGAGUCUUUAAAGCGGUACUGCCAAAGAAUUGGCCGACGGGAUUUUUGGGGUGGAGAGUCAGAGCUGUUGGUAAUCUCAAAACUAUGCAAGCAGCCAAUCAUUGUUUAUAUUCCAGAGCAUGAGCAGCAUACAAGGGGCGGAUGGGGCUCACGUUUUAUCCCCAUCGCAGAGUAUGGAUCAGAAUUUCGGAAGGGUUCGAGAAAGGGAAAACAGAGGGAAGUUGUGAAGCUUCUCUACAGUGGUAGAAACCACUAUGACCUGCUCGUCUAAGAAGUGCGACAUAAAUUUGCCCAUGAUUAUGAGCUAUAACAUAUGGAAUGGAGGUCAUAUUCUUGCAGAACUUACCCAGGAAAUUUUAAUUCAUCUAAAGCAUUUCCUAAGGAGAUCCAACUACGCAUUUAUCCUCGAAUUCCAAGGGCUUAUCCUGAUCCUCUUUACUGGAGUUCUCUUUUCUGGUAGUGCAUCUUUACUCCGUUAUUAUUACUGAAGGGAAAAAAAGAAGAAGCAAUACCCAAGUGAUGCAGAUGCCAGGUGAUUCAGUAUUC